AUGACAUCGAAAAAGACUGCAGAAAACGCAGUGGCUGAAAAGGCUGAGAGGAUUUACAGAGUUCAGACGAAGGAGCAAGAUAUUUGCGAGGUGCCCGCGUCUGUAAUCAGCAUGUCCAAGUUGAUCACAACUAUGCUCGAGGAUUUGAAUCUGCAAGACGAUGACACUCCCAUACCAAUACCGAAUGUCACAGCACCAGUUUUCAAAAAGGUGGUAACGUGGUGUGAGAAGCACAAAACAAACGGAAAAGAAGAUAAGAAGCUUGAGGAAUGGUCUGAAGAGUUCUUCAAAGUUGAAUAUCCUAUGCUUUUUGAAAUCAUUAUGCGGACAAGCUAG